AUGCCUGAUUCAAGAAAGAAGAUCGCUUCACUUUUUAGCUCUAGCGUGGCAAGGUAAUUCAUCUGCAGUGCUAAAUAUUUACAGUUUAUUGUCUAUAAUACACACUUACCUUUUUUACGACGUUUCAUGUAUUCCCGAAGGAUCCUCGCCGAAGAUUAGUUUCUCCAUUGUUCACUUUCCAACGCACGUUCAUUCAGAGACUAUAAUUGCCCCAGGAAUAUUUUUCGGGCUAAUUCUAUAUCUCUGAAUCACUAUCCAUUCUUGUCUUCGCCGCCCUGUUCACUUUUAUCGAAGUUUGCAGGAAAUCGGUAGGCCCUUAGGCCUCGCUGUCAUGUUUACUUCAUGAGUGUGUAUCACUGAAUUGCUUUGCUUGCUUUUAGUCACAAAUAUGAAACUUCUUCUGGCAGAGAACGUUAUACUGAACACAAAUCCAGAAAUGAAUACUCUGCAGCUAAAAUAAAGUUUCAUGAGCGCUGAUUUCUUUUAUAAAUGCCUUGUUUCUUAGGUGAUUUAAGGUUUUGGAAGACAUUCACAGUUACGUUCUUUAAUAUCCGUAAAGCAUCAUGAUUAGUUACGAGUCGAUAAUCAAGCAGAGUAUUUGGUUACAGUUUAUAGUCAUAUCAUUUUGUCUUACAACGCCAUUUUUAAAGGCUAUGAGUCAAGGUUAACAACAAGAAAAAGAUUGUAAAAAAAUCCAAAAACAUCGAAAACCCUUGUCCCAUGUCCGCCAUUUUGAAAACUGAAUUUUUUGCCCUGUUUAAACCAACAUAAAAAGCGGCUGUCGACAUAAGGUGACGUCACUGCGCUCGUUUAAUUGUUUUUAUAAUUCUUGGAAGACUGACCAAUUUCCCGAUUUUCGGGCUCAAUAUGAUAAACCCUUUUUGAAAUACGAUUCCUUGAAUUUAUCGCUUCAGAAGGUAAGCUUAAUAGCCUUGUAUGUUGUGGUGCUUUUUGUCUUACAGUCGUCAUGCAGGUUCUAAAGACCAAAGCAGUAAACUCGAUGGUGAUGAAGAAAGAAAAUCAAGCUCUUCUCGACGACUGGAACACAGAGCAAGUGAUAGAGGGGAAGAUUACGAGAGUGAUGACGAUGAUGAUGAUGAUGAUGAUGAUGAUGAUGAUGAUGACGAAAGCAAUGAUGAUGACGACGACGACGACGACGACGACGACGACGAUGAUGAUGAUGACGAUGACGAUGACGAUGAGAGUUAUGUUGCUGAAGACGAAACAACACGUAAGCUUAACCCGCUGCGUAUAUGAAGGUCAAAAGAACUUAUGACCGUCCAAGUAAUUGUUACAUACGACUAGGAUCUAGCUAUGCUCGGUAAGCAAUGGUAAGGUAUGAAAAUUAAUCUUAACAUUAUCCACUCACUUUCAGACGACGAAUGCGCACAGAAAGAAGGCCAUUCCCUUUCGGCUGCGUCGUCAAAGUCCAAAUCAAAAGGUUUCGGAAAAAGGCUUUUUGGAAAGUUUAAGAAGGUAAGGUAGGGUCAGUCAGUAAUAGCUUUUUUUAAUUUAGUGAAAUUCGUAUUAGGAUACAUUUUCUUUUUCAGUCUUCAUUACAACGUUACAAUAUGAUCACUAAACUGAAGGUUUAUUUAACAGACACAUUUUAAUCGCUGGCAAGCCUUAGUAAGACACAAAGCUAUUUGCUCCCUCAAUGUUCGUUAUCUUUGAUUCUCCAUAAAAUUUUAAUGGCUUCUCCUGUUACCAACAAAAUGGUCUAGCCCGCAAAAACAGCACCCACCUAUUUAUUGAAAUUAUUAGUCUACUUCAUUUUCAUUUAGUGAAACUAAAGUGUUAGCACUUGGCUCCGGUUUGAAAAAAGGUCAUCCAAAGUUCCCUUUUGUAAAUCAUACAAUUUUCAAUCUGCUUUUAAUUUUUGCCUAUCGUUUUGUAUGACAACUCGGAAGACAUAAAAAAAGACCCAAGCUGGCCCGUGACGUUUUGAUAGUUCAAAGCAGGGCCUUUUCGAGACUUUUGGUUAAGGUACAUGUAAAGCUUAAAUGUAAAGCAAGGUGGAUCUGCUAUCGCCGAGGGUGCGAGCCAGUGGUAAUAUCUGGGGCACGCCUCCUUCACGCCAUCCUCCCAGAAAAGUUUGAAAUGUGGAAGCUCGAAAACGCUGUUCUCGGAAUGUUUCAUAAGGUCUUGCAAUGUCAUGGCCGGACCUUUGGCAAAGACAAGACAAGACAAGACAAUGCUUUAUUUGGAGUCUUAUACAGUCCUAGGUACAUCGACUUUAUCCAAAUAAUUUAAAAUCAUAACACACAUUGCACACUAGUGGAACUAUAAUCAAUGUUAACCUAAAGAACUAAUGAUCUUCCUUUCUCACAGCAGUCGAAUACGUAUUUUGCAAUUAACUUUCGCACUGGUUUGUUCUUGCUCGGAGGGUUUAUUAACAACAGAAAAACAUCAUCUGGUGCCAUUCUGUUUACUGAUAUUCUGUAUUCUUUGUUUAAGUAUUCAAAUAAACUACUUCUUUUUCCUUGAUACACAGGGCACAGAGUUAAAAAGUGUAUUUCAUCUUCUACGUCUUUUUUACAGAUAGGACAGAUCCUCUCUUCCGGUUUCUUAUAAGGUCUUACAUACCGCCCUGUCUCUAUCGCCAUUUUGUGAUUACUUACACGGAGUUUAGUUAGAGUUAUCCGGUGUCGGAUGUUGGUGACCUGACGGAGAUAAUCGUCACAUUUAUAAUUUUCUAUUGUUUUAAAUUUUCGGAAGGUUCUUAGUUUGUUCUUUUGGUUGGCGUCUUGUCUUACGUCAUUGUUUACGUCACUUAACCAUCUUUGUAAUUCGAUGUCUUUCAGUCUUUGUUUGAUAAUGUUCAAGAUUCCUAUGUCAUUUUCAUGUGCUUUUGUCCAGAGGUAUCCCAGCCCUAUUUGGCCUAAUAUACGUUUGAUUUUUUGGCUCCAUAAUUCCUUAUUCAUCCUCGACUUCAUAUCAUUAUAAACCACCUGUGAUAAUUUGUGUUUUGGGUGUUUGGUUAGAGUUAGCCAAAACUUAAAAUUCCUAUAUUGUGCUUCGAUUUUUAUUGGGAAUCUUCCUGUUUCAGCCCUACAUGCAUUGUUGCUGCAAUAUUUAUUUACACCUAGCAACCAUUUCAAGAAUUUAAUUUGAACUAGUUCUGCACGACCUUUUUCUAUUUGGUCGUUACAGUCAACACCCCAAAUUUCACUUCCAUAGAGAAGUAUGGGAGAUAUCAGAACAUCGAAUAGUUUAAUCGUCAGCAUAAUAUUUUCUCUAAAGUUGUCACCCUUCUCUUUUCUUAGUUUAUAAAGUGCCUUAAGCCCAACUUUUUUUUAACUCUUCUCUAGCUAAACUAAAAUUUCCAUACGGGUUCAGUGUCAUUCCCAGAUAUUUAAAAGAUUUAACAUUGUUUUUGGUUUAUUUACUCCAUACUUAAACGAGUAGUUAUUUAAGGAAUUGCCACAAUUAAUAAAGAUCAUGAGUUUUGUUUUGUCUAGAUUUACAGUUAGUUCAGUUUUCUCACAGUAGGAUUCCAACUUGUUGAGGAGUGUUAUUAGGCCAUUUGCCGACCGCGAAAAGAUCACUAAGUCAUCCGCAUAUAAUAAACAGUUUAUAGGUCUUUCAGAGUCAUCAAGCAGAAUAUCGGUUGAUAUUCACUUAGAUAUCACUUAGAUAGAGAUUAAAAACGAUUAAAAAGGGUGGGUGAUAACAUACAGCCUUGCUUAACUCCGCAAUCGGGUAUCGUGGGGGAGGGGGGAGGGGGAUGUGUGGGAGCACGCACGUCUCCCUCUCUCCUUCCUCGCGGAAAACUUGGAAUCUACGGAUUUAGAAACGCUGUUUCUGGAAUGUUUCAUAAGGUGUUUCUUCAGAAAAGUCAAUCGCAUUCAUCUAGGGAUUAUUUUGCCAAAUACACUAUUUUUUCCCAAAUUUUAGCUCAGUGAAAAUCUGUAGAAAAUCUGUACCUCUCUUGCUAGCUAUUGCCCACAACUUACCGGCAAAUUAGAUCUUAUCAUGUUUGAACCCAGGAGUCAUUUCAUAAGUUGGCUGAGCAUGAUCGUCCGGGUGAACGUAGUCCUGAACACAACUGUUGUUGACAGUGACUGAUGUUUCGACAACUUGUGCGGUAGUCAUUUUCAAGUCAAAGUGAGUGGUAUCACGUCAGUCGAUGGUAUUAACAUGAUUAGUCAAUUAAGUCAAUUAAGUCAAUUAAGUCGCAAUCGUAUUGGUCGUCUGUCAGUUAAGCCGUGAUGUUAGUUUCUAUGAAGAGUAGAAAUGUCAUUGCAUUUGGUGCGUUUCGAUCCGCCUAUUGUCACAGUUUAACAAUCGUUUAUUGUUAGUCACAUUUUCGUUUGUCCAGUCUCGUAGUUAGUUUUGCUUGAGUCCGUCAAUAAAUCAUUUGUACGGUGCCGGUAACUGUUGACCUUGCCUACUUUUGUUAUUUCAUUUCACUCAGCUCAAAUCAGACCGAAAGUACCAGGGACUUUUAGCCCAAAUUACCUCCUUGGAAAGCGAGAAAGCAGUCGCUGAGUCCAAAAUUAACCAGCUACAACUUGAUAUGUCUAACGAGGCAGCGGAAGUGGAAAAGGCACACAAAGAAAGAGACGAUUUAAAGGUUGAAGUCUCGAAAUUACAGUUGGAGGUAAAAGGACCAAAAACAAAGUUAGCAAGAAAGAAUAUUAAGACACUACAUAUAUUUAGAAAUGGGAUAGGAAUGUCAACUUAAUGAACAAUUUAUUCCACCAGUGCGUGUUGGACAGGAGAUGGUAGGGGGCAACGAGGCGCGUAGCGCCGAGUUGGCUAUAAUCACCUCAUAUCCAACAAGCGCGAGUUGAAGAAUUGUUUUAUUAAAAACGCCCACAAAAUAUCGAGAAUUCUUCCCGAACUUUAUUUGUAAAAACAACCGAUUUUCAGCUUGUUUUUGAGCAGACGCGUACAGUUACCAUAUUUGGAGAGCAUGGUAUAAUGACUCAUUUACCAUUUAGGCUAAGCAAAUCGGAGCUCUAGAAUUCUAUUACUCAAUGAUUCAGUUUUUAAUA